UAUAGAAUGAAAAGAUGCCAUCUAGUCUACGCCUCAGCCAUUGUAUUUCGCCGUUGUCUGUAUUCAGUGGUGUGCUGUUACACAGUAAUUUCGUCGAUUUUAAUAAACGCAGAUUUUAGCCAUCCAGCUGAAUUUAUCAAAACCUAGCCUGCACACGGAUUGUAAAGAAGAUAUUUACAAAAAAUACGAUUUUUUGGGCUUACGCGAUAUUAAAAUUAGCAGCUAGCUACUUUUGUUGUUUAUUUCCCCCAAAAACCUUUGUUAUUAAACCAAUAGGCUUUUCUCAACGGAGCCGGGUUCUAUUUAGAUGGCAAGCUUCCCAGAUUCUGUAAAUGAAAAUGAAAUAGGUAAGGCUAAGUUCAUCGGUGAACUCUUAGUGCCUGUUGCUCCCUUUGACCAGAAGUCCGGGCGAGAGACCUGGACUGUAGCCUUUGCACCUGAUGGUUCCUACUUCGCUUGGUCUCAAGGGCAUCGCAUCGUGAGGCUCGUUCCCUGGUCAAAAUGUCUGAAGAAUUUCAGUGGGGAAGGCUCCAACAGAGCAGGCCCUCGGCGUUUGUCGCGGCAGAACAGCGAGGGGGGAACAGUGGUGCCAGUGGGCGAGCCCAGGGAGCAUACCAUCGACUGCGGUGACAUCGUGUGGGGCCUGGCCUUCGGCUCGUCAGUGCCAGAGAAGCAGAGUCGCUGCGUCAACAUCGAGUGGCACCGUUUCAAGUUCGGUCAGGACCAGCUGCUGCUUGCCACGGGCCUCAACAACGGACGCAUCAAGAUCUGGGACGUCUAUACCGGAAAGCUGUUGCUGAAUCUCAUGGACCAUACAGAUAUAGUGCGAGACCUGACUUUCGCCCCUGACGGCAGCCUCAUGCUGGUAUCGGCAUCCAGAGACAAAACCCUGAGGGUCUGGGACCUGAAAGAUGACGGUAACAUGGUGAAAGUGUUGCGGAGUCAUCAGAACUGGGUCUAUUGCAGCGCAUUCUCACCAGACUCCUCAGUCCUCUGCUCUGUUGGAGCCGGUAAAUCGGUGUUCCUUUGGGAUAUGGAUAAAUAUUCCCUGAUCCGGAAGCUGGAGGGUCACCAUAACGACGUGGUGUCCUGUGAGUUCUCUCCCGACGGAGCCUUGCUCGCCACCGCCUCCUACGACACCCGCGUCAUCAUCUGGGACCCCGACAUGGGCACUGUGCUGCUGGAGCUAGCGCACCUCUUCCCACCCCCCUCGCCCAUCUUUGCUGGAGGGGCCAACGAUCGCUGGGUACGCUCUGUAGCGUUCUGUCACGACGGGCGUCACAUCGCCAGCAUCACUGACGACCGAAUGGUGCGUUUCUGGACAAUUGAUGAGACAUCUCCCCAGGCCAUCGCUCCCCUCACUAACGGCCUCUGCUGUGCAUUCUCUACUGACGGGAGUUUCCUAGCAGCUGGGUCUCGAGACGGCAGCGUGCAUUUCUGGGCGUCCCCAAAGAGCAUUGCCAGCCUGCAGCACCUGUGUCGCAUGGCACUACGACGGGUCAUGUCCACCCAGCAGGUGCAGACGCUGCCCAUCCCGCCCUGCAUACGCUCCUACCUGUCUUACCAAGAUCUCUAGCCCUCCACAUUCACCCUCACUGCCCAACACCGCAUGCUGGAAACCAAUGAAUAUUACCUUCCUAGAAAAAACACCCAGGAAAAAUACCAAAAAAUAACCGAAGAGGAAAACUUGAUUGACAAACUAACACCCCCAUGCUGUUCUGUGACAAGACAACUUUUUGGAUAUUUAUUUUUGUAGGUUUACUUCCGUGUGUGUGUGCCAUGGCCCCCCUCAGGGAGCGUGGUUGAAUGGUUAAGUUAUUUCAGUGGCCUGUCUCUCCGGGAAAGAUGGCCUUACCAUAUGUCACCUCUGGAUAAUUCUACAUUCUUCCUUCAAUAGACUUUUUGGCUGCUGAUAAUUGGCCUGUUGGUGGUGGAAUCAAUGUUGAUGUGCUAUCUCUCAACCUUCUCUGACUUGGAAGCGGAGAAACCAUGCAACUCCACUGACUUUACUGUAAGGACUAAGGUUGCAAAAUUCGGGGAACUUUCAAUAAAUUCCCUGGUUAUCCCAAAAUCCAGUUUGGAGGAACCCCGGAAUUGAGGGAAUAAGUAGGGAAUCCGGAAUCCUCCAACCAGGAUUUUGCAACCCUACUAAAGACUGAGAGGAUGGAGGGUUCGUCCCAACGCUGUGCAUUAUUUUCAGUGUUUCAGAGACGGACAUGAAGGGUCGAGAAGUGUGUGUGUAAGCCAGGGGAGACAAACUCAUUUUGCCACGUGGGUCUUCGCCGAGGUCCGGAGGGCUGCAAGUACAAUUGAUUAUAUUUCCUCUGUCAGAAUGUGUUAAAAAAAUGUCCUCUUUCCAUCGCUUUUGGAAUUUUUGAUUCUCCCUGACUGUCUAGCUUUCAUUUCGAUUGCCUUUUAGAAAGCUGGACAGAGAGGUUACAAUAAAUGUAGAUCCAUUAUCCUUUCUACACAGUUUCGAUUUGUUUUUGGUAAUUUCAUUAUCAUUUGAGGUUUUUCCAUUAAAAGCAAAAAUAUAAAUGUUAAUUUGAAAAUGGUGUAAGUGAAUGACUGUGCUGAUAAGAUUUUAUCUCCUGCUGCAGCGGGCUGCUGGAUCCCUCCCUCAGUUUUCUGCAACCCUAGAUCUCCUCAGGUCUUAACCCUUACUCCCUCGCUUACCCAGGUCCUCAACGUGCUUUCCUUUUCACACAUCCUGCCUCACUCACACCCAGGAGGGCAAAGACUGCAUGUAGCCUACACUGUCUCAUCUCAGUCUCAAAACAAUAGCAACCCAUGGCCUGACCUGUUUGGUUCUCAUUUUUUACCUGUAAAAAAAUAAUCUGUAUAGACAAUUGAUUGUGUGUACUGUGUACAGUGGCUUGAGAAAGUAUUCACCCCCUUGGCAUUUUUCCUAUUUUGUUGCCUUACAACCUGGAAUUAAAAUGUAUUUUUGGGGGGGUUUGUAUCAUUUGAUUUACACAACACGCCUACCACUUUGAAGAUGCUAAAUAUGUUUUAUUGUGAAACAAGCAAUAAGACAAACAGAACUUGAGCACGCAUAACUAUUCACGCCCCCAAAGACAAUACUUUGUAGAGCCACCUUUACAGCUGUAAGUCUCUUGGUAUGUCUCUAUAAGCUUGGCACAUCUAGCCACUGGGAUUUUUGCCCAUUUUCAAGGCAAAACUGCUCCAGCUCCUUCAAGUUGGAUGGGUUCUGCUGGUGAACAGAAAUCUUUAAGUCAUACCACAGAUUCUCAAAUGGAUUGAGGUCUGGGCUUUGACUAGGCCAUUCCUCUUAAACCACUCAAGUAAGUGUUGCUUUAGCAAUCUGCUUAAGGUCAUUGUCCUGCUGGAAGGUGAACCUUCUUCCCAGUCUCAAAUCUCUGGAAGACUGAAACCGGUGUCCCUCAAGAAUUUCCCUGUAUUUAGUGCCAUCCGUCAUUCCUUCAAUUCUGACCAGUUUCCCCAGUCCCUGCCGAUGGACAAACAUCCCCACAGCAUGAUGCUGCCACCACCAUGCUUCACUGUGGGCAUAGGGUUCUCGGGAUGAUGAGAGGUGUUCGGUUUGUGCCAGACAUAGCAUUUUCUUUGAUGGCCAAAAAGCUAAAUUUUAGACUAAUCUGACCAAAGUACCUUCUUCCAUAUGUUUGGGGAGUCUCCCACAUGCCUUUUGGCUAACACCAAAUGUGUUUGCUUAUUUUUUUCUUUAAGCAAUGGCUUUUUUCUGGCCACUCUUCUGUAAAGCACAGCUCGGUGGAGUGUACGGCUUAAAGUGGUCCUAUGGACAGAUACUCCGCUGUGGCGCUUUGCAGGGUCAUCUUUGGUCUCCUUGUUGCAUUUCUGAUUAAUGCUCUCCUUGCCUGGUCUGUGAGUUUUAGGGGGUGGCCCUCUCUUGGCAGGUUUGUUGUGGUGCCAUAUUCUUUCCAUUUUUUAAUAGCAUUUAAUGGUGCUCUGUGGGAUGUUCAAAGUUUCGGAUGUUUUUUUAUAACCCAACCCUGAUCUGUACUUCUCCAAAACAUUAUCCCUGACCUGUUUGGAGAGCUCCUUCGUCUUCAUGGUGCCACUAGCUUAGUGGUGUUGCAGACUCUGGGGCCUUUUAGAACAGGUGUGUGUGUGUAUAUAUACUGAGAUCAUGUGACACUUAGAUUGCACACAGGUGGACUUUAUUUAACUAAUUAUGUGACUUCUGAAGGUAAUUGGUUGCACCAGAUCUUAUUUAUGUGCUUCAUAGCAAAAUUGGUGAAUACAUAUGCACGCACCACUUUCCCGUUUUUAAUUAUUUAGAUUUUUUUUAAGUCAUUUUUUUCACUUCACCAAUUUGGACUAUUUUGUGUAUAUCCAUUACAUGAAAUACAAAUAAAAUCAGUUAGAAUUACAGGUUAUGCAACAAAAUAAGAAAAAAGCCAAGGGGGAUGAAUACUUUUGCAAGGCGCUCUAUAUGCAGUACCUGUCAAAAGUUUGGACACACCUACUCAUUCAAGGGUUUUUCUUUAUUUUUAAUAUUUUCUACAUUGUAGAAUAAUAGUGAAGACAUCAACUAUGAAAUAACACACAUGGAAUCAUGUAGUAACAAAAUAAGUGUUAAACAAAUCAAACUAUAGUUUAUAUUUGAGAUUCUUCAAAGUAGCCACCUUUUGCCUUGACAGCUUUGCACACUUGGCAUUCUCUCAACCAGCUUCACAUGGAAUGCUUUUCCAACAGUCUUGAAGGAGUUCCCACAUGCUGAGCAAGUUGUUGGCUGCUUUUCCUUCACUCUGCGGUCCAACUCAUCCCAAACCAUCUCAAUUGGGUUGAGGUCGGUGGAUUGUGGAGGCUAGGUCAUCUGAUGCAGCACUCAAUCACUCUCCUUCUUGGUCAAAUUGCCCUUACACAGCUUGGAGGUGUGUUGGGUCAUUGUCCUGUUGAAAAACAAAUGACAAUCCCACUAAGUGCAUACAAGAUGGGAUGGUGUAUCGCUGUGGUAGCCAUGCUGGUUAAGUGUGCCUUGAAUUCUAAAUAAAUCACUGACAGUGUCACCAGCAAAGCACCCCCAGACCAUCACACCUCCAUGCUUUAUGGUGGGAACUACACCUGCGGAGAUCAUCCGUUCACCUACUCUGCGUCUCACAAAGACACGGCGGUUGGAACCAAACAUCUCAAAUUAGGACUCAUCAGACCUAAGGACAGAUUUCCACCGGUCUAAUGUUCAUUGCUCAUGUUUCUUGGCCCAAGCAAGUCUCUUCUUAUUGGUGUCCUUUUAGUGGUUUAUUUGCAGCAAUUCGACCAUAAAGGGCUGAUUUGACCCAGUGUUCUUUGAACAGUUGAUGUUGUGUCUGUUACUUGAACUCGAUGAGGCAUUUAUUUGGGCUGCAAUUUCUGAGGAUGGUAACUCUAAUGAACUUAUCCUCUGCAGCAGAGGUAACUAUGGGUCUUCCUUUCCUGUGGCGGUCCUCAUGAGAGCCAGUUUCAUCAUAGCUCUUGAUGAUUUUUGCGACUGCACUUGAAGAAACUUUCAAAGUUCUUGGAAUUUCUGGAUUGACUGACAUUCAUGUCUUAAAGUAAUGAUGCACUGUCAUUUCUCUUUGCUUAUUUGAGCUGUUUUUGCCAUAAUAUGGACUUGGUCUUUUACCAAAUAGGGUCAUCUUCUGUAUACCACCCCUACCUUGUCACAACACAACUGAUUGGCUCAAACACAUGAAGAAGGAAAUUCCACAAAUUAACUUUUAACAAUGCACACCUGUUAAUUGAAAAGGUGAAUACGUCAUGAAGCUGGUAGAGAGAAUGCCAAGAGUGUGCAAAGCUGUUUUCAAGGGUGGCUACUUUGAAGAAUCUCAAAAAACACUUAUUUGGUUGCUACAUGAUUCCAUAUGUGUUAUUUCAUAGUUUUGAUGUCUUCACUAUUAUUGUACAAUGUAGAAAAUAGUCAAAGUAAAAAUAAAUAAAAACCCUUGAAUGAGUAGGUGUGUCCAAACUUUUGACUGGCACUGUAUGUGUGUGUGUGAUGUCAGAGGAUGUAGUAUGCUUUUUACUUUUGUUUCUUUUUUAUUGAUAUAACGUUACUGUUGUAAACGUUUUUUCCCUCUGUACAUUGUUUUCUCUCAUUUUAAUGUGAAGACCUGUAUCUGAAUUAAUGACACAAUCUCUUAUUGUAGAGACCAGGGUGUAGUCUGCUCCUUCAGAAGUGGUAAAAUGGAGACGGUGAAGUGUGAAUUUAUAGUGUGCCCUAGGACUUACAGAAAAAGCCUUAAAGGCUGUUGCCAUCUGUAUUAAUGACUGUCUGAAACCCAUGUUCAGUACAAACCCCUCUUCUCUCCUGUGCUAUGCUGCACAACUCUAAAGUGGAGUUCCUAAAUGUAAGAAAUAACCUAUAGGGGAGAGCAAUACAAGAUAAUCUUCUGAAAAUAAGUAAUCUUCACAUUUGCCAUCUGUAGCAUGGGAUCUUUAUUGAUUGUGACACAUACAUACCUGGCAAGCCUUUGAAGCCUUACUGUUAAAUGCAGGCAUUUGAUAGUAAAUAUUUAACUGGGUAAAAAAAUGAAUUAUUUUCAGACAAUGUUGAGAAGGGCCAAAUUAAAAAGUAUUAAUGUUCUACUUUUUGUAUUUUGUCUAUGCUGACCUAGGUAGUGGAUACAGGCCUGCCGUUAAUCAAUCUUGGCAAUAUGUUUUCAAAAGUCAAUGGUGAUGCCAAAGGUCUCUCAUUUUGUUGUCUGUUCUUGUCAGUCAGUGACUUUUCUCUCUCAUGGCUAAAACUUGAAACUCAUGUGCAUAUGUGAAUUUUAUUUAAUUUAUUCUGAUUUUAUUUAUCCUCUUCUUAGUAAAGCUGUAAGGCUGUUGUCUUCAGUAACCGGUUAGGUUGGUGUGUUUAGUAAAGCCUUUGCUGAUAGAGCUAGAGGAGGUGAAUGAAUCAAAAGCGCUGGGUUCUCACCAGUGUUGGGGAGUAGUAAACUAGAUGUAGUUCAACUAGUAAUUUAACUACAUUUUUCAGUAGCUCGGUGCUAAUAUAAUUCAAAUCUGGGUUGUGUUUUCACUAGUGAAUAAAUGUUUUACCGUGUAGUGGUGUAGCUAACUACUGGAACUACACGCUACUUUUUUUGCAAAAAGAAAAUAUGGAUGUUGUCUAUUUUUUCGGCAUCAGACCUGCCUAAUUCUCAUUUCAAACAUUUGUUUUUAAUAGGCUGUUAACAUAUAACCCCAAAGUGAUCUGUCUUGCAAUUUAUAGUCUUGACAUUUCAGAUUUACAUAUGAUAAUUUUUAGCAAAGUAGUUUGAUGUAGUGAACUACUUUUUCAAAGUAACUAGUUAAGUAAACUAUAUUUUUCGAAGGGUGACUUUAGUGUAGCUUAACUUGUUUCAGUGUGAAGUAAUUGGUAGCUUGGUAAACUAUCUUUUUCAGAGUAGCAUCCCCAACACUAGUGUGUUCCCAAAAUGUUUGAAAGGGUUUUGGUAUCCUCCAACCAUUGCAAUGUUAAAAAAGAAGCUUCAAUCAAUGUUGAAUAUAUUGAAAUGAAUGUAGUCUUUUUUUUCUUUCUGGUCUGUAUGUAAUUUUUGCAUUUAUAGUUUGAAUAAAAUAUUUUUUUGAAAAACAGAAUAA